AUUUAAGAAUGUUAGGUGUGAAAUACCAAAUGGCCCAAUUGCUUAUGACGUGUAGAUUCGAUCACAACAAAAUGAGAAGCCUAAAAUGUCAAAAAAGAAUAUUCAAACAAAUCAAACAACUUUACGAACAACAAAGGUUUAAUAAAUAAAUAAAUUCUUCUUGUUGGAUUCUGAACCGAAUUCAUUGAAUAUGAAUCCAAUUUCAUCGCAACCAAAUCAUUAGUCAAUCAGUAGUUGAUGGAGAAUUAAAGGAGGUUUUGAUUAAAAAAAAAAAAAACAAGCGUUCGUUCGUAAAAUUUGAUUAAUCAAUCAUAAUCAUAAGAAGUUUGAAGUAAAUCAAUGGGGGAUUUGUCGAGACGGUCUGGAUUACGAGGAAUUGGUACCUGGUUUACCAAGCAGGUUGUUGAGCCGUUUGUGGAAAUCAUCAGCAGGGGAGCACAGCCUAAGGAGUUGGCACUCUCUGCAGCUCUUGGAAUUACUCUAGGAGUGUUCCCAAUUGUUGGAGUGACUUUUUUCCUGUGUGUGCUGGCUAUAACAAUGCUUGGGACUGCCGUCAAUGCUCCAACCGUCAUGCUCGCCAAUUUUAUGGCUACUCCAAUAGAGCUGAGUUUGAUAAUAGUGUUCCUACGGUUUGGUGAGUUUAUUACGGGUGGAGCUCAUUUUCCUUUAACCGCUGAUGCUUUAAAGAAGGUAUUGACUGGCAAAGCUUCAAAGGAGAUAUUGCUAAGCAUUAUUCAUGCGUUGUUGGGGUGGUUGGUUUUGGCCCCUUUUAUCCUUGGCCUAUUGUACAUAGUACUUGUACCGUGUUUCACCAUGUUGGUUCGUAGAUUCAGUCCUUCCAUUUCCUUGGAGAAUGAGGAUGAAGUGUCGUACACCGAGGUGAUGCUUAAAGUAAGGGAUGCUUGAUGUAGGGAAAUAUGACUACUACUAUGUUGUUUGGUUUCACCUGUACAUGUAUAUUUUGUAUCUUUAGUGGGUGGUUGUUAUUCUUAGCAAUUUCAAAGGAUAUAAAAAAGGUACAUCCUCUAAGAAUACUAAUGCUAACUGUAUGAUAAACAUAUGUUGACAUCUUGGUCGAAUUGUUUCUUUUUUUUGUUA